AUUAUACAGUUCUCUUUCGGGAGAAAUAAUCAGUUUUUACUUCAUUUAAUAACUUGACAAACAAUUUGGUUGCUAGCAUAUCAGACGCAAACUAUUUAUUUAGCAGAUCUUUAAUUAUGGACGAAGACACGAAAUGUGAUUCUGGUUGGAAUGAAGAAGGUCCUAAUUUUCGUCCAUCGAACUCCGGUGGUGACUACAGGAAUAACCGCUAUAACAAUGCAUAUGGAAGCUACACAGGUGGUUACGGACCACCAGGAUUUAGAGGUCCUCCAGGUCCUCCAUUAGGUUUUGGUCCAGGUUUUGGAUUUCCACCCAAACCUAUGUUAAUGUGGGGAAGAGGAUUCGGUCCUGGAGGUCCACCAAUGAAAGAAAGGAGGGUUCAACAUGAAGAUAGGGCGAUCAAAUAUCUUAUGAGUUGUGGGUUAGCAAAAGAGAGCGUCAAAAAUCUACCAAGAGAAUUCUUGCAGUUCAUCGAGCCGCAUUCCUGUGGAAUAUGUGGCCAAAACUUUGAUUCGUUUUCCAUGUCGCGGGUUCAUUACAAUUCCAAAAGUCAUAUGAAGAACCAAAAGAAAUGGCUAUCACAGAAACCUGUUAUGGGACCUAAUAACAUGCGCAAGGAGAUGCCUUUGCGAUCUCGUGAACUGUACUGCGAGUUAUGUGAUAUUGAAAUCACAUCUAGAGCCCAUGCUGAUUCUCAUUAUGCUGGCAAACCGCACCGAGCAAUUGUAGAAGGUCGGAGACAACCGAAAAAUAACUUAUUGCUACAACCUGGCAUGGGUGGUCGAUUGGAACAGGUGCUCCGUCGUGAAAGAAAGCAUUUGAAAGCCCCCCCGCAGGAGACUGCUGAAGCUGCUGUCAAGGAUCCCAAGACUGUUUCUACUGAUCUAUACUGCAAUAUAUGCAAGAUUGCCGUGACGUGUACAGAACAAUUAACCAUGCAUUUGAAUGGCAAAAAACACCUUGCUAAAGAAAAACAUUAUAUACUCACGAUGAUGAAAGGCGGUAAUAAUGAAAGCAACGAAUUUUCUGGGGAAGCCACCGCAACUGCCCAAGAGGGAGAUGAAGAAGAUAAUGAAGAAGGGGAUGCAGAAACAGCAGAGGAUGAAAAAAAGGAGGAAGCCGAAGACAGCUUCGACUGGGGUAAUGGGGGUGGAAAUUGGGAUGAACCCGAGACUUUUGAACCUGAUAACAAUUAGAAGUGACCUUAGUAAAGCGUCGCAGUAUCACUGGAUGAUUUUGAAGUAUUGUUGUUCUGGAAACAAAUUUAAUUAUUAAAAUAAUUACAUUGGCAUUAAACAUAUAACUAC